UGAAACCUAUGUUUACAGUCUUACUCAGAAAUGUUGAAAAAUACUCAACACAUUGACGUCAUUUAUUAUAAUUUAUAAUACAUACAAGUGUAUGAAACAAGGUAAAUAAUGCAUAAUACUUACCAAUUAAAUUCCAGGUAGAGAUGUCGGCACAUAACACUAGAAUGUUUUUGAAACUGCGCACAGUUUAAUUCCACUCAUAAUUUUAGUAAAUUCUUGCAAGCUAAGCUUGAUACAGUUGCACCAGAACUGGUUUCAUGGUUUCCCGCCUACGCGACUUCAUGGCGCCUGGGUGGAAUCACAAGUUAACAGCUGCCUUGCCAAAUGUUUGUUUGACGAUAGUAUUAAUUGGUACAGCAGAACACGUUAAGAAACGAGUUUUUGUCGUCGUGGUCGUCGCCGGAGUAUCGCUCGCUUCCUGGCCAACUUGUGUUCACAUUCGAGCGACUGCGUGCUAUCCUCGAAACGCGUGCGUCAUCGCCUCCGCAAUACUGAUAAGCGCCUACCAAUUAUCAUUGCAAAUAAUGUGUUUAUAUAUUAUACAUUCGAAUCUAGCCCGACUGCCAUGAAGUUUCUUCACUGAAAAUAAAUUAUCAUCACUACGUAACGGCGAACACAUUAUAUUUAUUUAUGCUCGUAUUAUGCCAGGCUUAUUUG